AUGCCUUCUCCGUUUCUAACUCCAAACCCCAUUGCCGAUACAGGUAGUCUAGCCCUGUUGCAGCUGCGUCGCGACCAAAUCGUUCCGACAAUUCUCCGCGACCAUGACGAUGAGGAUCAAGGCUACUUCGAAGGCAAGGUUACCAACACCCGUUAUGGUUCAUUCCCGCAUAGCACCUUGAUCGGAAAGCCCUGGGGAUCUCAAGUUGUCGCUUCAAAAGUCGACACAGGCUCGCGAGGUCGCAGACCAACCACAAAGCGCAAGGCCGACGAUCUCGACUCGGCAACACCAACCGGCACCGAGGAUGAAAACAACAGGCCGUCACUAAGAGAACCCGUCGCCGCAGAAAGUGGAUUCCUACACAUGCUCGCCCCAACACCCGAAGCGUGGACCCUCUCUCUUCCGCACCGCACGCAGGUCGUGUACACUCCAGAUUACAGCUAUAUCCUCCACCGGCUGCGCGCGCGCCCGGGCUGCACAGUUAUUGAAGCCGGAGCCGGCAGUGGCUCUUUCACACAUGCUUCUGUCCGCGCCGUGUUCAAUGGCUAUCCCGAGACUGAGCAAGCGACGAAACGGCGCCGGUUGGGCAAGGUUUGCAGUUACGAGUUCCACGAACAGCGCGUGGGCAAAGUGCAGAAGGAAAUCAAAGAUCACGGUCUCGACGGACUAGUCGAGGUUACACAUCGUGACGUUUACGAGCAUGGCUUCCUCUUGGGUGAUCCCCAAACCGGCAAGUCGCCCAAGGCUAAUGCAAUCUUCCUGGAUUUGCCUGCUCCCUGGCUUGCCCUGAAGCACCUCGUGCGCAACCCCCCUCCUGGUCAAGAGUCAGCCCUUGAUCCCGAAUCGCCUGCUUAUCUGUGCACUUUCUCCCCCUGCCUUGAACAGGCAGAGCGCACAAUCCGCACUAUGCGCCAGCUGGGAUGGCUCAACAUCUCCAUGGUGGAAGUCGCGCAACGUCGGAUUGACGUGAAGCGCGAUCGCAUUGGUCUCGAUACCGAGGGCGUGCGCGGAGCAACCAUGUUCCCCCAAACUGUUGAGCAGGCAGUCGCAAAGCUCCGCAGCGAUGAGCAACACGCUAAGCUUGUCCGUGACCACCGGCACAAUAGAGAUAAGCCGAACUAUGUGCCUAUUACGAAGGAGACACCGGUUUUCAAUGAUAAAACCUCCGAUUUGCCUUUGUAUGCUCAAGGUCGUUUGGUGCACCGAUCAGAGGCCGACCUGAGGACUCACACUUCAUACUUGGUCUUUGCGAUAUUGCCUCGGGAAUGGACCGAGGAAGACGAGAGAAAGUGUAGAGAACAGUGGCCUUCAGCCAAGAUCUCAAAGCCUGAUGAGACAAAGAAAAUUAGCAAAAAGCAACUGAAGAAGGAAGCUACGUUGGAAAGGUUAAGGCUUCGGGAGGAGAAGCAAAAGCAAGAACAGCAGGCCCAGCCCGAGUCUGGGGAUAAGCCUGAAGAGGUAUUCGAAGAAAAGGCCGAAGACAUUUAG